CAUACGCAUUAGUACAACAGAUCCAAGAUGGCCGUCCCAAAUACUGUAGAAGUGCAAUAUUCAGACGAUGAAAACUGGUCUUCCAAAGAGAGUGACGACGAUGAAGACGAAGGAACUCAAGGAAUUAAUUCCGGAUGGGCAGAUGCAAUGGCAAAAAUAUUAAACAAAGACCUUCCAGAUGACAAGCCUGUAAUAUUAACAAAAUACAAGAAAGGAAAUAAACGAAAAGCAGAACAAAAGCAAGAAAUUAAACAAAAGAAGAGAAAAGCUGAUGAACGCCAUACAAUGUUUGAAAACAAUCAUAUCAUCCCAGACAGAUCAACAUUCCCACAUGAUAAAGACCUCAUGCGUAUUGCAACCAGAGGAGUUGUAAAAUUAUUUAAUGCAGUAAAUAAACAUCAAAAAGAUGUAGAGACAAAACUGAAGAAAGCAUCAACAGAAAAUAAAAAAUCAAAAGUAAUAGAGUCAGUGAACAAGACAGCUUUCCUUGACAUGCUGAAGGGAACAACAGAUCAAAYCACUACAAAUCAAUACAAAAAASAUAAGGAUAAGAAAACCAAAUCUGACCAAUCAGAGAACAGUUCYUGGAGUAUUUUACAAGAUGAUUUCAUGAUGGGAGCAAAAAUGAAGGACUGGGAUCGAGAGGAGGAAAAUACAAAAAGUAACAAAAAYGCUGGUUUACAAGAUUUUGAACUUGGAAAUGACAUAACAGAUYAUGAUGAUGAUGAUGAUGAUGAUGAUGAUGGAAYRUCUUCAGAAUGACAAACAUUAYGAAAAAAAUGACUUCACAUU